CUGAAAUCACUGAUAAACCUUUCGACUUCGGCCGCGUCAUUUGUCUUUCUGCGCCUACCGUACUUGUAGUAAAACAUGGCGUCCGACAGUGACAGCGACGAGGAUUUCGUGACAUACGGAACUCCGCUGGAGCCUCUAGAAGAAGACGAGCCGUUGAAGAAGCCCGUCCCGCUCCACGAGCAGACGGUGAAGGAUGAGAAGGGACGGUAUCAGAGGUUCCACGGAGCGUUCACUGGAGGGUUUUCGGCCGGUUAUUUCAACACUGUCGGCUCUAAACAAGGCUGGGCCCCAUCAACCUUUGUGUCGUCACGGCAACAGAAAGCUGAGAAACAUCAUGCCAAGCCCGAAGAUUUCAUGGAUGAGGAGGACUUCAGCGAGCACGGCAUCGCUCCCAGGGAGAUCACCACCAGUCAGGAGUUUUCGUCCAGUCGCAGAGACGAGGCCAGAGAGAAGGCGAGAGCCGUCAGCGCUCAGGCAGCCCUGAUCCCCGGAGACACGCUGCUGGAGGAGCUGAUCACACCUGCAAGGUUGUCCAUCGGGGUGGAGCUGCUGAAGAGGAUGGGCUGGAAGGAGGGUCAGGGUGUGGGGCCUCGUGUGAAGAGGAAAGCUCGCCGGCAGCAGACUGAUGGAGGGAGCAGAAUUUACGGCUGCGCGCUGCCCCCUGCUGGAUCAGAGGACUCAGAGGAUGAUGAUGAGGAUGAAGACUUUGCUCCAGGGAAUGUCACCUUCGCCCCAAAAGACGUGACUCCGGUGGACUUCAACCCUAAGCAGGGGCUUCAGGGUCUGGGGUACCGCGGAUUGGACCCGGGGCUGGCGCUGCAGGGCCGAGGAGCACCUGAACACAUCAGCCUGUUCAACCCGCAGUCCGAGGCGAGGAGUCGACUGUUCGGAGAUGCACACAGAGGCUCGCGGAGAGGAGGCGUGGCUGGACAGGCGUUCGGGGUGGGGGCCCUGGAGGAUGAUGACGAUGAAGACGUUUACCACAGAGACUCCAUGUCCAGAUACGACACGGUGCUGGGAGAGGAGGAGCCUGGAGACGGGCUGUACGGCUGGACGGCUCCACAGCAGUACACCAAGAAAAGAGACAAAAACAAAGACAGCUCGUACCUCGGCAAAAUCCUGGAGGGCUUCACUCUGGCCCAAAAACCCGCUGAAGAAAAAACAAUCUUCCCUCCUCCCUCUCUGCCCAGUAACUAUCUUCCAGUCCAUCGUUUCCGUCCAUCCCUCGAUGUUUCGAGUCUGUCUGGGGUCAGUCCAGCGCUGGCCGAGGCUCUCAGGACCUCCAGGGGCCACUUGGUUAAAGAGGAGUCUUCAGGAGGAGGAGGAGGAGGAGGAGGAGGGGGACGGCACCAGCUGGACUCGGGACAGAGGAGGACGCUGCUGGGAGAGGACGCCCUGCAAGGUCCCAGCUCAGUCAUGGAGCUGCUGAGACCUGAAGACAGAGAGCGACUGCUCAACCUCCGCAGCUCCUCCACCAAAGCCACCGCUGCGGACUCCCAUGAUGCCUUGCUGUCUGCGAGGUCGUCAGCUGUAACCAGCGUGGCCUCCUCUGGCCUUCAGCAGGAGGCGCUGGCGGCCUGGAGAGGCGUCCAGACCUCCUCUCAGACCUUCAAGCCGUUCGAGAAGAACCCCAGCAAACAGGCGCGCUACGAGCUCUACCUGAGCUGCCUGAAACAGGGAGACAAAGACGCCCUGGAACAGAGUCUGGACCCGGCCUUGACCGAGUGGGAGCGCAGCAGGGAGAGGGAGGAGUUUGUCCGAGCCUCCAUCCUGUACAGACCCACCUCCUCCUCGCUCUCCUCCCGUUUCACCAGAGCCAAACACCAGGAGGACGAGGACAGCGUGGAGGUCAACCGCGAUCAGGAGGGCGACGAGGACGACAAACAGGCCGCCGUUAAAAUGAAAAUGUUUGGAAGGCUGACCAGAGAAACAUUUGAAUGGCAUCCUGACAAACUGCUGUGCAAGAGGUUCAACAUCCCCGACCCCUACCCUGGGUCCGGUCUGGUUGGUCUGCCGAAGGUGAAGAGAGACAGAUUUUCAGUGUUCAACUUCCUGACUGUGGCCGAGAGCAGAGACACAGCAGCUCCUCCAAAGCCUCCAGAACCUGGGAAGAAGUCUCGGUGGGAUGUCUCAGACCAGAAGGAGGAGAAGAAGAGAAGUGACCCGCUGAGUGAGCUUCUCACGGAUGCACGAAACCAAACGGAGACCAAACGCGAACAAACAGCCGUACCUGUGUUACCUGCGUUACCUGCCCCACCUUCCUCCACCUGCACCAACAGGAAAAGUCCAGACAGCAGAACAGAGGCAGCAGACCAGCAGAGCUCAGACAAGAAGGAAGAAGGUGACGGAGAAGAGGAGGAGGAGGUGGAGGAUGAGAGCAGGCCUCCCAUGGAUCUGUUCAAAGCCAUCUUUUCUGGCUCCUCUGAUGAGAAGCCCUCCUCUUCAUCAGAGGGAGAGAGCAGCGAUGAGGAUGAUGUAAAAGACUCAAAGGAGGCUGAGGUCAGAGUUGAGCCGGUGAACCUCUUCAACCUCGCCUCCUCCUCCGUCACGUCCUCCUCCGUCACCCUCAGCCAGCAGACAGGUGAGAAUGCGGUGGUCUCAUCUCAGAACUCCACGCAACAAGAGGAGGAGUUUGGUCCGAAGCUGCCGCCUCCUUCAGCUGCUCUGCUGUCAGCACAGACAGCCACAGGUGGAGCCACCUCCCUUUGCUCCCCUGGCGAGCAGGAGAAACCCAGAAAGAUGAGCAAAGAGAAGAAACACAAGAACAAGAAGCAGCACAAACACAAGAAGGAGAAGAAGAAGAAGAAACAUAAGAAGCACAAACACAAAGGGAAGGAGCAGAAGAAGAGGAGUAGGAAGGAGGCGUCAGACAGCAGCUCAGAGGACAGUGACGAGGACAGCGAUGGUGGACAGGUGUCCACACAGGAGCUGCUCAGAAGACUGAAAAAUGUCCAAUCACAUCAGAGUUGGUGAAGGAGCAGAAAGUGUGUCCUCCGUGAGGACGACCAAUCAGAGAACAACAGAGUUGACCUUUGUCUUCUCUACACACUUACACAACAGGUCACCUGUUGCUCUUGUUUUGAACAAUAAAAUGUCGUGUAAUUUCA